AUGAGAGUGACACAAUUUCUUUUUUUGAUUAGCUUGGCAAAUGUGACGGCCUUUAUUAGGUACGAGAACCCAUACGUGUUUGUUAAUCGCGUCUAUGUGAAUCACACCAUCUUCGUUAUUGUAACGCUUCAGUCUCUUAGAGGUGUGUGGUUUCUAACCAAAGUUAGUAUAGAAGAACGCAUAAUUGAUUAUUUUCAAACCAAUGCAAGCGAGUACCGUGAACAACUUCUAUGGUAUCAUACAGCAAGCUUAAAACAAACUCUUAACUUCUAUGGUAUAUUCACCCAAAAGAAUCUUCCCUAUCAUGAAUGCUUUUAUCAUGUUUCAAGAGCAAAUUUUUUCAAAAGUGGCUUUCAUAAUGUUUCUGUCUUGAUUACAACGAUUGGGAUUACAUCAGACAAGCUCAGAUCUUCGAGUUAUACAUACAUUGAUUUGGAUGAAAAUGUACGUUGUGAGCCACAAUUUAGUAUACCGCAGUGCGUAAAUGCAGAUUAUCCAGUGCACUAUGAAGUUUCUGACAUAAUUGUGCUUCGGGCAAUGUAUACCCGGCGUUGUCCCAUGGAUAUAUUUACUCAGUAUUACUGGACUGUGCAUGAUAGCACAGAGCACCGUCCUGCUUUCACGAUUCCACCGUUUACUCAACAAGGCGAACAGUCAAUUAGGUUUAUUUUAAAUAUACGUUCCACAUUUGAUCUUCUUCGGUCAUCGGUUGCUAUGCAAACCAUAUUAUUCUCAUCAUACCCCCGACUUUACAUCGAUGUAAUUAUUAAGUGCGUAACAAACUGCAAAGGAAAUAGGUUUUCCAAUUCUUCUCAUGUUCACCUUAAGGCCCAUUGUCUUUCGUGCAAAUCGAUGAAAAUUACUAAGUGGAUGUGGACCGUCGACCAUAAUUUAGUGAGCUCAUCGAAAAGGCUUUUAUAUUAUGUGUCAAAUAAAACGUCUAUUAUAGUAUACUUAAAUAUGGAGGCUAUUCAUAGAUAUAAACCAUCGUCAAAAUACCAAGGAUCCUCCAGUCUGCGUCUUGAAAGAAAUUAUGGUCCUGUACAUACCGCUUGUUACGUAAGCCCACUUGACGGUGAAGCAAUCAAAACGUUAUUCUCUAUUAAGUGUACUAAUGAGAAUGCUUUAUAUAAGCCUUUGAAGUACUGUUUAAGCGUUAAUAGCUUGCUGAUUACAGAAUGUAGCACUGAUCAGUUGAUUAUUUCACGAUUACCUGCAGCUUCACAUAUAGAGGUCCAGGUGUGCGAUAAUUUGGAUAUAUGCAUCAUUAAAAAUAUUGGUGUAAAUGUACGUCAAGCUUUCAUUGCAGACACAGAGGUUGCAGUUUUUAAUUUUCUCAAUCGUGUUCGCUAUUGGCUAAAGUAUGCUGACUGGUCCAUGUCUUUCGCAAUGCUUGAUCAGAUAAUACUUCGAAUAAAUUCAAAGGAGCGUCUUCUUGUUUUCACAGAGGCACUCGCCGUGUAUCAGCCACAAACUCCUGUACAAUUAGCUCACCUUGUGCAGAUUUUAAUGAAAAUAUUAGAUCAUAUUAUACCUUUGGAUGAUAUGAAAGUCAAUGUGCUUGCUCGAAUUCUUCAUAUUAUAGAAUCAACUUUCAAAAUAGUUAUUGCUAAUGCUGAGCAAAAUACACUUAUGGAUUGCUACUAUAAAAAGAUGGUGGAAGCUAUGUUUGAAAUUCUUGAUAAAUUUGCUACUGAAUGGGAGUAUAUUCCGAAAUCACAGUGCCGAGCAGAAUCUGAGUCCUGCCUAAAUGUAGACAACUUUCGUAAUAGACUAGAACAAAUGUCUACCUUGAAUCCACAGGUACUAGAACAUAUAAAUAACUGGUUGCAUGCACAUUGGAAACUGAAUAAUUGUUUAUUUUAUAUGGGUAUGGGCAUGGCGCGACGCAUACAUCCAGAUGAAAAUGCAAAAAAAAAAGACUGUCGAACCUUUUUAAUGACAAUGGAGAGUUUUGAUCUAGAUUUAGAGCGCGCAUUGGUGAUUAAAUCCGCAGAUGCGAUGCAUACACUAAUUUUUACAGAAAAGUUGUUGCAAGAGUUGCGUCACUUACUGCGAAAUGAUGAAGUUCUUAUCUCUAUUAGAAGCCAUAAACAUAGUCAGUACUGGUGGUAUCCUGAGCAAGAUUCACGGACACAAGUACUAGUUGUAAAUGCUUAUACAUCUACAGCUAUCUUGGAGAAAACACAGCAGCUGUCUGAGCCAUUUCAAUAUAUAUCCAAACUCACAACUAAAUCCUGUACUUAUCAAUAUUGUAAGGGUCGACGUCGAAGACGAAAGAGUAUUGAAUUUGAUGAUCCUGUAGAAGAUGUCGAAAAUGUCAUACACGAUAACGUUGUAAGUUCCAAAGAGGUUCGCAUGUAUCGUACAGAACUUUAUGGCCAUUCUGUGCUUGGGGUUACUUUUACAAAGGCUGAUAUAGACUACCGUGUUUUGCUUCAUAUGACAAACAACCCACAGCUGAAUGAUAUUGAAACAAAAAAUACAACGUGCUUGGUGAAAUCGGGAAGUAAACCAACAGCUUUAUUACUUAGAAAUUUAUGUAAGGAAGCACGACCAGUCUAUAUAUAUAUUCGUGCUGAAAAUAUAUUAAGGAAUUGGGAUGCGUUUCGUGAAACAGGUGCUUACUAUACAUUCUUCACUGAAAUGCGUAGUUGUCGAAUUUGGAAAUUUGCACGGCCAGAACCCAGCUGGCAGACUAUUCUAUGCAUUCCCGAAAUGAAUAAAAGUGUUAGCAAUGGUAUCCACUGCCGUUGUAAUUUCAUUAGCGACCUUGACGCUGAUGCCAAACCAAUUAUUGCUGUCCGAAUGAAUCUUAAAUGUCACUUGGAGCGCCCAGUGGUCGGACGUAAUUACGAAAUUAUCAUUUGCUAUAUUGUAAUCCCAAUAGUGGCAAUAGCGUUUCUUUUAAUUCAAAUGCACAGAGCAGCGUUCUGGGACAAGCCCUUAUAUUUGGAGGACGUAUACAGUGGCGAGCUUUGUCGCUGUGGUGACAUAAUAAUCCGAAUUUCAUUUGGUGGUCGUUAUCACUCUGGAUCUUCAGCAAACAUAUUUCUUUUAUUGCAGUCUUCUCGAGGCAAAAGGGAGAUAUUCGUUCAUCAAGAUCCAGUUAAAACGGCUUUUAAUCGCAACUGCACGAUUUUUUUGCGACUUGAUAGAGAAUUUGUGCAGUUGCCAGUGCGUCUUGCUCUCGGUCAUGAUAACACUGGCACUCAUCCACAUUAUUUUUGUCGCAGUAUAGUUAUUACUGACAUAUUAACGGAGAAAACACAACACUUUCGUAUUAAUCGGUGGGUGCGUACAUCGCCUGGGACAGGAAGUAAAAUGCAUUUGGAGUCAACUAUGGUUCUGGAUUUCGCAACAGCUUCUCCAAAGUAUAUAUAUCGAUGGCCAUCCCGAUUUGCGAUUGCUUUUGAGCUAUGCAUGGGAAAGUGGUAUUUAUUUCAAUCUAUAAUAGGUCCAUGGCGUUUCGGAAUAAAUCGCAAUUCCUUAAGCAGAUGGGAACGUAGUUGUAUAUAUGUGGGUAAAAAUUUUGUAGCAAUAUGCAUAGUUAUCAUAUUCUUUGGACGUGCCGAGCCAAUAUUAUGUGACCCAAGUCCAAAACGGUAUAAUGAUUUUAAUAUUGUGGUCUGGCUUUGUCUUAUAUGUUUAACUGCAAGCUGUAUAACUGAAAUUCUUAUGAUUAUAUUUCUUAGAAUGUUAUCAAAAUAUAAUUAG